GUGUGUGUUGAGCAUGAGGAUUGUGUGUGUGUGUUGAGCAUAAGGAUGAAGACUCCUGGAGCUGUGCUGCUGGUGCUGGGGUCUGCUCUGGUUGUGGUUGCAGCAGAGAGCGGACACACAAAUCUCCAAGAUGAAGCUCCAGGGCCUGCCCAAACCCAACAAAGCUGCCAACCGGACAUCUGCACUGUGCUGAGAGAGAUGACCGCUCUGAUAACGGAGCAGACAGUGGAGCUCAGACACACCAAGACACAAAUGGAGGCCAUGGAGACCAGACUGAGAGCCAGUGAGAAGACAGUGGAGGAGCAGAGAGUGGAGCUCAGACUUACCAAGACACAAAUGGAGAAACAAAUAGCGGAACUGAAGAAAGACAAUGGAGACAGUAAGGUGGCUUUCUCCGCUUCCUUUGCUGUGUCGGUGAACAAACACAUCGGACCCUUCAACACUGCAACCACCCUGAUCUUCAACCACGUGUUCAUCAACAUCGGCAGCGCCUAUGACCCCAACACAGGCAUCUUCACGGCUCCUGUGAGAGGAGUGUACCAAUUCCGCUACCACAUCUUUGCUGGUGGUACCCACGGAGCGGGAGCCAACCUCCUGAAGAACGGUCAGCACGUGGUGGCCGCCUACAACCACAUAGCCUCCCAUGACAUCAACACCUCCCAGGGGGUGUCCCUGCAGCUGGAGAAGGGUGACACUGUGUGUCUGCGUCUGGGACAGGGGGCCUGGGUAUCUGCCUACACAGGGCAUUACACAACCUUCAGCGGGCAACUCCUCUUCCUCAUGUGAUGGGGAGGUGCCUACAUACACACACACACAAACACACUCACUCACAUACACACAAACAUGCUCACAUACAAACACACACAAACACAAAGACAUACACACACACUCAUGCUCACAUACACAAACACAUACACACACAGCAUGCAUGCAGGAGGUCAUGUUUACUGUGCACUCACAGGAAUACAAACACACACACACACACAAAUUCUCUCCUCCAUCUUUGACAAGUGAUUCAUCUUUAUUUUCAAUAACUAGGAUGAUUGUACUGUAUGAACAGAUGACUUUACAAUGUGAUGUUCAACAGUAUUUACCACUGUUUAUAAAAAUAAAGGAGCUUAUUUGGA